AAACAAGGAGCGGGUCAACAUUCUAAUGCGUUAAAAGAUAAAUAUAAAAUAUUAAGUCAAAAAGCAUGUGAGAAGGGAAUGGAAUCUUUAAGGUUAUCUAAUAGUACACUUGAAGCAGUUGUAAAUGCAGUUAUUGUUUUGGAAAAUUCUCCAUUGACUAAUGCUGGAUAUGGAUCAAAUUUGACUUACGAUGGAAAUGUAGAAUGCGAUGCUAGUGUCAUGGAUGGAUCAAAUUUGCAAUAUGGAGCAGUUGGAGCAAUUACGGGUGUCAAAAAUCCUAUUGAAGUAGCAAAAUAUUUAUGUCAUUUUCAAACAGUUAAUAUAGGGCAUGGCAGAGUACCUCCUAAUUUCUUAGUAGGCACAGGUGCCUUUACUUGGGCCAAGGAAAUGGGAAUUCCAUGCAUACCUCCUGAAAAUUUAAUAUCAGUAAAAGCUCAAAAAAUAUAUAAACACUAUAAAAGGAAGGUUAAAACUGAUGUCGAUGAUAUCAACCAGCAAUUAAAAAAACGAAUGGAUACAGUUGGUGCUGUAUGUGUUGAUCAGUUUGGUAAUAUUGCAUCUGCAUGUUCAAGUGGAGGAAUUAUUUUAAAAUAUCCAGGACGAGUUGGACAAGCUGCAAUUUGGGGUUGUGGUACUUGGGCUAGUAAAGGAACUAUUUCAGUUGGAUCUAGUACAUCAGGAUGUGGAGAACAUCUUGUACGAACUACAUUGGCUCGUACAAUUGCAGAGUCAAUCAUAGAGACUAAAUGUCCAACUACAAGUUUAUAUGGUGCAAUGCAAUCAAAUUUUAUCAGUAAGAUAUUUCUUAACUAA